ACAAGUGAUCGGUCUCAGUUUUGCAGUUCGGUUGAAGUUGAAGUUUUGGAAUUCACAGGGAAAUGUGAUGGCGGUGGCGAAGACGUUUGGUGCAAAACAGAGGGGUGAUGCAAGAGGUGUAAUCGUAGAUCGUAGCUAGCGAGUUCCUGUGAGUGAGAUUUGGCAACACUGGUGACUGGUUCUUAUCAUAUUCCGAAACUUUGGGAACUGCAGCGGCUGCCGGUUGACAGGCCAUUGAGAAGAAGUAAACAGUAACAAACUCGAUUGCUACCUCCUCCUGAAGUAAAUAAUGGAGUUUGAUGACAAAGCAGAUCCUACAGAUGACAUUGACGACCCGGGUGCUGUAUUCAACUUCCCAUUUACGACGGACGGUGAGAGUGUGCGGUUCCUGAAAACGCACGGACGUAUCUUUUUCGUCAUACGGGGCUUACCGGGUACCAGAAAGAAGGUUCUUGGUGACUUUCUCAAGGAACUGUAUAACGGCAGCAAAAUGUAUUGGGCGGACAAAGUAUUUCUCGGACCAGUGGCCGAACCAAGAACGAAGAAAGCAGUGGGAGAGUCGCAUACAAUCUGCUAUGCCAAAAUCGAAAAGUUUAUGCAAGACAAUGUUCCUGUCAUCAUAAACCGCAACAGCAAUGUGCCUGUCUCAGAAGUGUCCCGCUACAUUCGUCUCGCACUUCGCUUCGGAUACACCGUUAUUCUGGCAGAGACCAACAGCAAGGUUUCAACAAGCCCGGAGCUGUUGAGGCUGUCAAACACAAAGCGACUGGGGAAAGCCUACCUGAAAAACAGGGUAAAGCAGUGGGAAGAAGUCUACCCACUGUACACGGGAUGGUUUCUGAGACCAUCGGAUGGGUUUCAUCUGCAGAUGCGCUACGCUGAGAUCUCAAGUGUUGCUGCCAAGAAAGGGUGGAACAUUCCAAAAAUUUGUCACGCCGAGGCCCUCGUCUUCUGUCUCGGACGGCUGUGCUCAUUUGGAAAGGAACCCGAAGACCAGGUCUACUGUGACAGCGACAAGGUGAAAGACAGCUACGGCUCAAAGCAUACAUUGGCCAUAUUCGGAUAUGCAGUAGUGGACAACAUUGUUCUUGCUGCGGUUAAUCUAAACGAAGACCAGCAGUCAAUGAUUGACAACCCAGACGACAAGGAGGAGUGCUCAGUCAAGACUGCUGCUGGUAUCCAGGUGGACGACUGGGAGGCAACGAAAUGUUCCGUUAACAUUGAAGACAUUGUUUGUGCAACUACGGACCGAGAGGAACCAUCAAAAUUGGAAAAAUUGGACCAAGUCCCAAGCGCAGACACGGUCAGCUUUAUUGUUCUGGGCCGCACAGAGAAGCAUCAAGGGCGUGAUUUCAUUUAUGACAAGGAGCUUUGCAACUCGUUGAAGAGGUUUUCGAGGGAGAGGAUGAGCGAAGGAGUUCCACGUGGGGAACAGCUGUCUCUCGACCAAAUAGACAUCUACAAAGUGGAAAAUGAGUUUCUGAUCGUGGACAGCAGGACUGUUCAACUGGACUCUGUGUUCACCGGGUUCUACCAGAGCUACAGCGUUGCGACUCCUCUUUGCAAAUACUUCAACUCACGAAAGGGAUGCCUGAAUGGACCAGUCUGUAAAUAUAGGCAUAAGCCCCUCUAACGUCGAUGCUGCACACACUGCGCAUGACUAAUAGAGUUAUGUGCAUAGAUUAUAUAUGGGCAUGCUGGAAGAAUCAAUGCUUAGAGCUUUGUGUUUUAGUGGUCAUACUAGCAAAACCUCCCAUCUCCUAGUUUGCAUCAUUGCCGUAUGGGGUAAAACUCACCCAUGCAAGAAACCCAGAAACAAACUUUCUCUGUGUGCUGGCUUCACCUCACAGUAUGUAUGUUCUGUAGUAAAUUCACAAGUCCAAAUCCAACUGA